UUGGCUUCUCUCCCAGUGAUCCGCUCCAUCAGUGGAGUUCCCGGAUCCUCUUCUUCUUUUCCAGCAGCCACAAGCCGCCGAGGCCAUCGCUUACAACUUCUGUCGGCAGCCGACAGUAAACAAUAUGAUGGCUUGCUUUAGGGCUUCAUCUCUUUAUGCCAGUCCAGGUUUGGAAAUGGGGGAUUACCUUAAACCCAAAGCUGCAAAUACUCCAUGGCCAAUGAAGAUGAAUGGCUUGCAGAAAAAUGAAGUGCAUUUUCCAAAGUUAGGAUUAUUGUCAAAUGAAAAUGCAAGAAUCUGUGCAUUACAACAGCAUCCAAACGCGGAGUUCAAGUUAGAUAUAAUUGAACGCGAAGAGAAUCAUCUUCAUCCUUUAGUUAAAAUGUGUGGAAUUAUGUCUGCUGAAGAUGCCAUCCUAGCAGCAGAAUCAGGGGCUAAUCUUAUUGGGAUGAUUCUAUGGCCUCACUCUAAACGUUCAAUUUCUAUUUCAACUGCAAAGGAGAUUUCAAAAGUUGCACGCGAAUUAGGGGCGAAACCUGUCGGGGUAUUUGUAGAUGAUGACGCAGAAACAAUAUUAAGAGCUUCUGAUGCAGCUGACCUUGAAUUCAUACAGCUUCAUGGAGAUGGUUCUCGGGCUGCAUUUUCAUCUUUGGUUGAAGAAAAUCGACGUUUGAUAUAUGUUCUUCAUGCCAAUGAAGAUGGAGAGCUUUUGAAUGAUAUUUCUGAUGAAGAUGGUGGUUUAGUAGAUUGGAUUCUAGUUGACAGUGCGAAAGGGGGCAGUGGCAAAGGAUUCAACUGGUCCAAAUUUAGACUGCCACCAAUUAAAAGCAAACAGGGUUGGCUUCUGGCAGGAGGAAUCUACCCUGAGAAUGUUGCGGAAGCAAUUGCUGUUCUUGGGCCACAAGGUAUCGACGUGAGUAGUGGCAUUUGUGGCUCGGAUGGGUUGAAGAAGGAUAAGCUAAGAAUCGAAGCAUUCAUGAAUGCUGUCAAAUCUCUUCGUUCAUGAAAGUAAGUUGAGCUGAUUUGUUUAGGUUCGACUAUAGUUGGUUUUUAAUGAAAAUAGAAAUAAAUUAAAUUAGAGACUACAUUAAAACAAUGCCUUAACUGUUAAUGGAAAAAGAAACCUAUGUUGUAACCAUACUAUACUUCUUUGUGAA